AUGGCCCGGGACGAGUUCACCAACGCUCCAACUGAAAAGAGCAAGAUGAGCUCAGAAGCACCGGUGACGCAUGUCCAAGCCCAGGAUCCUGUCGACACCUACGAUGUCGAUUAUGAGAAGCAUGGUGCUCAGCGCGAGGCCAACCCGCUCCCAGAGCUCAAGCGGAAGUUGAAGAGCAGACAUUUGCAAAUGAUUGCAAUUGGCGGAACGAUAGGAACCGGUCUAUUCAUCGGUAGUGGCACUGCAAUUGCCCAUGGAGGCCCCGUUGGCGCUCUCAUCGCGUAUAUUUUUGUCGGAACUAUUGUCUACUCGGUCAUGACCGCCCUCGGAGAAAUUGCGACCUAUAUCCCCAUUCCUGGUGCUUUCACCUCUUAUGCUGCUCGCCUCAUUGAUCCCAGCUUGGGCUUUGCCAUGGGUUGGAUCUAUUGGUUCUCUUGGGCAUCGACCUUUGCUUUGGAAUUGACUGCAACCGGUCUGAUCAUCCAGUACUGGGACGACAGCAUCCCCAUUGCCAUCUUCAUCGCGGUUUUCUGGGUGUGUAUUAUCGCCUUCAACAUGUUGCCUGUGGGCUUCUAUGGUGAAAUGGAAUUCUGGUUCGCAAGUAUCAAGGUUCUCACCGUCAUCGGCUUCAUGAUCUUCUCUAUCUGUGUCAAUGCUGGCGUUGGUGAGAAAGGGUAUAUCGGUUUCCGGUACUGGGUCCACCCAGGCCCCUUCGUUCCCUAUCUGAUCGAAGGCAACGACUCGCUGGCCAAGUUUGUUGGAUUCUGGUCGACGCUGAUCCAGGCCGGUUUCUCUUACCAGGGAACCGAACUGGUUGGUAUCGCCGCCGGUGAGACCGAAAACCCCCGCAAGACCGUCCCUUCGGCCAUUCGUAAGACUUUCAUUCGUAUCGUCUUCUUCUUCAUCUUGACUAUCUUCUUCAUCGGAAUUGUCGUGCCCUCUAAUGACCCAGGCCUCUUGAACAGCCAGGGCAGCGGUGCUAGUGCCAGCAAUGCCAACGCCUCUCCCUUUGUCAUUGCGGCCAACCUUGCUGGUGUCAAGGCUCUCCCCGGAAUUAUCAAUGCAGUCCUCUUGACUGUGGUACUCUCCGCGGCCAACUCCAACGUCUACAGUGGCAGUCGUAUCUUGGUUGGUCUGGCUCAGGAAGGAUUCGCCCCUCGUCACUUCAAGACGACCUCCAAGGGUGGUGUUCCUUACUGGAGUGUACUCUUCACCGCAGCCUUCGGUCUGCUCGGAUUCCUGAACGUUUCCGACGCCGGUAGCACAGUGUUCAACUGGCUGCUUCAGAUCUCCGGUGUCGCCGGUUUCAUUACCUGGUGCUCAUUGAACGCUUGUCACCUUGCCUUCCAGCGCGCGCUUCAUGCCCGCAACAUUUCCCGUGAUAUCUUGCCCUACAAGGCCAUGUGGCAGCCCUGGUUCUCAUGGUACGGGCUGUUUUUCAACUGUUUGAUCAUCCUGACCCAGGGAUUCACUGCAUUCAUCCCCAACUUCCAGGUCAAGGAGUUCUUCAUCAACUACCUCAGUUUGAUCCUGUUUGUGGUCCUGUAUAUUGGACACAAGAUCUUGUAUCGCACCACGUUUGUCAAAGCGAUCGAUGCCGACCUGGACACAGGCCGCACUACGGCCGACAACGAGACCUGGGAGACUAUUGAACCGACCACAUGGUACGGCAAGACGUGGAACUGGAUCUGCGGCUGA